CAUGGCGGCCCCGGUCACGCGGCAGGUCAGCGGCCGCGCCGACCCGGCGCCGGUCCCGACUGGCCCGGAGAGUGGGCAGCCCCUGGCCGCUGCCGUGGCCGAGCUGCCAGUGCUGGACGCCUCCGGGAAGCGAGUGGCGUUUGGCGCGCUGUUCCGGGAGCGCAGGGCGGUCGUGGUCUUCGUGCGGCAUUUCCUGUGUUACAUCUGCAAGGAAUACGUAGAAGAUCUGGCCAAAAUUCCCAAGAGUUUCUUAGAAGAAGCAAAUGUCACCCUUAUAGUGAUUGGACAGUCAUCCUACCAUCAUAUUGAGCCUUUCUGCACACUAACUGGGUAUGCUCAUGAAAUCUACGUUGACCCUGAGAGAGAAAUUUAUAAAAGAUUGGGAAUGAAAAGAGGUGAAGAAAUUGCCUCCUCAGGACAGAGUCCCCAUGUGAAAUCAAAUCUACUCUCAGGAAGCAUUCGGAGCCUGUGGCGGGCAGUUACUGGCCCUCUGUUUGAUUUUCAAGGAGAUCCAGCUCAGCAAGGAGGAACCCUCAUUUUAGGUCCAGGUAACAAUAUCCAUUUUAUACACCGUGACAGGAAUAGGUUGGAUCACAAACCCAUCAACUCUGUUUUACAGCUUGUAGGAGUUCAGCAUGUCAACUUUACGAACAGACCUUCAGUUAUCCAUGUGUGACUCUAUACAGAAUGUGUGGCUUCUAAACAACCCCUUAGGAAUAUGACCUUAAAUGUUUGGGGUGUGAAAUGUCUAACUUGCUGACCCUACUAGCCACUGAGGAGUUAUAAAAACACAAAGAGAUAAUGUACCAGUUGACUUGCAUGCUGAGAGGCAUCAGUUGUCAAAAAUAUGCUUUUGUAUAAAACAUGUAAAAUUAUAAAUACCAUUCUUAACUUUUUUUUUUUACAUUAUGAUAUAGUCAUUCAAGGAAAGAUUUAUUUUUUUGGCCUUUAAAAUCAUAAAUUCUUAGAAGAAUAUAUGGGGCAAGGGAAGGCAACUCAAGACCAUUUUAUUCAGUGAAAAAAAUUAUGUAAAUUAUAUAAUCCCAUUUUUAAAUGUAUAUGUUUAUAUUUUUGUAUGCUUAGAAAAAGGACAGGAAAUAAACCUAACAGAAUAUUGCCAGUAGUGAUCUAGUGGUAGGAUUACAGGUGUUUUUACUUUUUUCUCCAUACUUUUCUAUGUUUUCUAACCAUUCUACAAUGAGCAUGAUUAAUUUGGGGGAAGCUAGAAAAAGAUCUUUAAAAAUUAUAUGAAGAAUAUAUUCCUAAAUAACAACUUCCACAAAGGUGCAAAUUAAAUAGGCUGCAGUCCACAUGCUUUAAUGCUAAUUGCUUAACUUGAAGAAAAUGUGGCAAACUGAACCUCUUUCAACUAGCUCACGUCACCACACCUAUCAGCUUCACUAGGUUUUUUUUUUUUUUUUUUGGUAAAAGGAAAAAAAACUUGUUUCUUAUAUUUUAAGACAUGUAUCUAAAAAUAUGGUCAGUAUGCUGUAGGGAAAGGACUUUAAUUUUUUUUAAUAGAAAAACUUUUUAACGUACACUGUGGUUUGGUUAUGUAUUCCUAAACCAAAAAACCAAACCCAUUGCCGUGGAGUCAAUUCCAACUCAUAGCGACCCUAUAGGACAGAGUAGAACUGCCCCAUAGGGUUUCCAAGGAGCACCUGGUGGAUUCGAACACCGAGCUUUUGGUUAGCUGCCGAGCUAGCUGCUAUUUCUCACCUCCAGGUUACUUUUAUCUAGAGGAUUAUUGCCAUCUUUUAUUUUUAUAGAACCUUAAUAUCUUAUAAAGUGUUCCAGAAAUUCCAAUGGAAAGUACAAGCACAAUCAAAAUUUUGGUAAUAAGUAUAAUAGUGCUUUGAACUUAAACAAUUCUUUCAUAUAAAGCCUAUGCAGUCACCCACACACUAACUAUAUAUGCAUAUAUAUAUAUUUAAUAUCUCCAAAUAUUUGAAUGUAUUUUCAUGUAUAUGUACAUGGAUACUUAUGCUUUUAAUCAAUAAAAAUGAAAUUUCUCAUAAAAUGUAAAAUUAAGCUAUACUAUACUAUUUUUUAUGGUCAAGACUGGUAGCCCAGAUCCCUUGGCUGAUUUUAGACUUAAAACUGCUGAAUCAGAGCUUACACAAAAAUGUGUAUAUUUAUAAAUGUACACUACAGUUAACCCGUUGCUGUCGAGUCGAUUCUGACUCAUCGCAGCCCUAUAGGACAGAGUAGAACUGCCCC